AAAGGGGUCUGUGAGGCUCUCGAAGAGCACGGCGUUGAUGCAACAUCCAUCAAAGCGAUUAUCUGGAGCCACUGGCAUUGGGACCAUGUCGGCGACCCGUCAACAUUCGGAAUGUCCACUGCCUUGAUCGUUGGGCCCGGCUUGAAAAGUAUGUCUAUCCCAGGAUAUCCGACAAACCUGGGGGCUCCUGUUGACAGCGAUUUUGCUGGUAGAGAGGUACGAGCGCUAGAUUUCAAUGGUGGGGGCAACGUAAAAGGUGGAAACUUCGACGCCAUCGACUACUUCUGAGAUGGCUCCUUCUAUAUCCUAGAUGGGCCGUGCCAUACACUGGGCCAUCUAUGCGCUGUGGCUCGCGUGACAGUGUCUCUCCCAUCCUUCAUCCUAAUGGGUGCAGACGCUUGUCACCAUUCAGGUGAAUUGCGGCCAUCAAAGUGGAUUCCUCUUCCACCUGCGAUUUCUCCAGACGCUCUAUCGGACGAUGCGACGCCUUGCCCGAGAGCAUUGUUUGAACAUCUC